AUGGACCGUGAGCGCUUUUCCCGGCUUCGGGCGGCGGUGGCGCAGGACCCCAAGGCCUUGGAAGCCUUCCUGGAGGAGAUCACCAAGGAGAAUCCUCAGCUGAUGAGGCUCAUCAGCAUGUACGAGGAGGACUUCUUAACGAUGCUCACCGCGAAUUUGCUCGAGGCGAAAGUGCCUGGCUCGCCCGAGGCGGCCAAGACCCAGGAGCCCAAUCCAAUUCCACCCAAGCCCAGCGCCAAGCAGAAGGCAAUCUUGCAGUCGCUGCAGCCGACCAGCACCACGUCGCACACCAUCGCCUGGAGGGCCGAGUCCGACGUCGGACGCGCGUCCCGCCGUGCUGCAGAGCUGGAGAUCAACGUGUGGCAAGAGCUUGAACAGAAGAAGCUUUUGGGGCCGAACAGCAGGAUAUGGCUCCAAAACUUUUGUUUCUCUCCAUUGGGAGGGUUAUGGGGACUUGCUACUUUAGCAUGCUGCAUCUAUGGCCUGGUGCGACCGAACGAGGCCAUCUCCGAGAUUGUGGGACGGAAAGUUGUGUGCAUGGCAGCAGCGAUGGGAGGACUAGCUAUAGCAUCUGCCAUGUGUGCCACACGGGCUGCUGAAUCACUCUUGCAGAGUGAGGCAUUCCAGAAGCUACUGGCACGAUGCGAAGCUGGCCACCAGUUGCCAACUUCCUUGAGCAUCUUGAGCGGAAACAGACGACAUGAUUUUGACUGUCGAUGCAAUGGAGACCUGGUCCAGAGGCUUUUGCGAGAAUUGUUGGUUGGUACGCUGCUGGCUUUGGCAUUGAGCCCAGCUUUUUCAUCAGAUCCCAUGUACUUUAUUGGAUGGCUGUUGCUGUUCGGCUGGAUUGUUCUCUACGUACCUGGCCGCACUAGUGUGCGUUGGCUGCUUUUGCACUUGAGCCGAAAUCUUGUGGAACAAUUGAUGAAGAAUAUUGCCGACGGCCCUGCUGCAUGGAAGCACAGCGGACAGUUCUGGGAGGAGAUGACCAAGGCACACCAAGAAAUGGAUGGCAUGCUUGAAAAUGCCUGGGCACUUGCCAUGUGGUUUGUGAUACCUGACAUAAGCACGACGAUUAUUUUUGGAGUCAUCGGUUUGGUGGCCUGCUUGUCCACCGUGGUCACCAGUCACAACAUCCUCGUGGCAUUUGCUGGAUUGUUCCUGAUUUGUUUCAAUCUUCUCAAGAUUGGCCAACAGUUGAUGGACAUGGCCAGCAUCACUCAGAUGUGCAUGUCUACUAUUGCCGGGACGAAAAGCAUCCUGUCUUAUGCCAUUGCAAAGUCAGGGCCCAGUCCUUGCAGUGAAGCUGCUUUGAAGUCAGCCGGAUAUGCCUCCCGCGCUGAAGAGCGAGCUGAUCAUUCCAGGUUUUUGACUUAUUUGAUGGUGAACCGUGCAGGUGUUGAGAUGUUUGGUGUUUUCAUUGACAUGGAGCUGAUCACGCGCUUCAUGGGCCAAGCUACCACAGGCUUUUUGGCACUCUUGUCCUACAUGCUGGCCAACCUGGAUAUCACGACGGAGGAGGUACUGUCAAGUCUGGAAGACACUGGCCGCUACGUCUCGGACAGCUUGGCAGACACUGGUCGCUACUUCUCGGAGAUGGUCACAUUGCACAGCCCUUUUAGCUGCGCCGUGUGCAAGGCGACCCGAGAUCUCUCCCUUUGCAGCGCCUGCCAAUCCGUGCGCUUCUGCUGCCGUCAGCACCAACGCCGCUUCUGGCCGAGGCAUCAGGCUGUGUGCCGAUUCAUUGCCUCCGUCAAGGGCGGCUUGCUUCAACAGGUGGCUGGCAAGAAGUGGGUGCAAGAGGCCUUACCUGAGGUUGUUGAUGUUUGGACCAGGUCAAGGGGUCAGCAUCCGGAGCCUUGGGAGCUGGAGCAACUGGUGCAUUUGCCCCACUGCAGGGUUUGCAGCAAGGCCCCGGCCACGUUGCUGUGCGAGAUUUGUUCUCAAGUGGCCUACUGCUCGAAGGACUGCGAACGCAUGGACGAGGAGCACCCAGGUAGCUGGCAGUGUCGCCAGGUGGCCGCGACUGCGCUGGCCGCGCAAGUGAUGCACCAGAUGGGUGGCGGCGUGCCCUUCUUCACUGGCCUGGCGGAGGGUGAGUUGCCCGAGGCCAUCUUCCACGAGGGCUGGCAGGCCUUGCUGAUCUCCAUGAUGAAUUUGUUGAACUUCCUGUCCCCCAUGGGCAGAUUUGUGGAUGGCUGGCAAGUGGCAGAUGGACAAGUUCUGAAGAAUUUGAGCUUUCUGGAUGUUGGGUGCGGCAGUGGCAUUCAUUCAGCAGCAGCUGCCGUGGCCAGUGCCAGUGUUGUUCUAUCCUUUGAUCGGCAAACUGACUCAUUGACCAGCACCAGGGCGCUGCAACAAAGGUAUGGCAGCCAGAUCAGCAAAGCCACACGUUGGGACGCUUACCUGGGUGACAUCUUGAAGAAAGAAGAUCUGGACCACAGGACCGAUGUGGUCUACUCGUGGGGCGCUCUUCAUCAUACUGGAGACUUGUGGAAAGCGCUGGAGCAUAGCUGUCACCUUGUGAAACGACCGGAGGAGGGGGGAGGUGCCUUCAUGCUGGCGCUCUAUGCGCGGGAGAUGGUGCGAGAUCCCGACUAUUGGGUUUACAUCAAGCGGCUCUAUGUGUCUUUGGAUGAGAUAAACCGUGGACAGAUGGAAAGAGAGUAUGGCUGGUGGCUUCUGAAAGAGGAGGUCUUGCAGAAACACCGCAAUCCCUUCGUGUUGGCCUUUGAGGCUCAAUUUCAGCGUGGGAUGAACUUCUGGACUGAUGUGAAAGACUGGCUGGGUGGUUAUCCCAUCGAAUUCUCCGAGGCUUCUGAUGUGAUCCGCUUUGUUCGAGAGCGCUGCGGCCUGGUCCCGGCCCGGGUGCAGCCCAGCGUGGUCACGGAAUUCCUCUUUGUCACGGACCCAAGGCUCUUUGAUGCGGAGACCGAGUCACGACGUAGCAAGUUGGUACUCGAUUGGCACAGCGAGCUGGCGGAACGGCCUCAGGUGGUGCUGAAGGGCCCAUUUGUCCGAUUAAAGCUGCAACACUCAAGGUCACGUUGCUAUGCCGCUGAGCUUCCCAGUGAGGUGCCAGCGGUGUGGGAGCUGCGCUUUGAUGUACAUGAAGAUGGGUAUCAGUAUGGCUUUGGAGUGGAGAGUGACCUCGAGGCAGAGGACAAGCGAAGGACCGUGGACACCUUGGCCAAGCUGUUUGGUGAUGAGGAUCGGAACAGGGAGCAGCCCACGCGGGCCUGGCAGGCACGAUUUGGAUUUGAUGGCCUGACAUGUGAUCAUCCAGGGCGACAUUUCCGCGAAGUCUAUUGGAUUGAGGAACUGCCAGUGGUGAUCUUCUCCAGUAGUGAUGGAUCAGAUCCCAAUGACAAUGGCCGCAUCUACAGUAUCUUUGUCGAGCCAGGCUCUGAGGUGCCACAGGAAGAUCGGAAGCCAAAGCAUGUCAUCGCAGCCGAUCUGGACUUCUCCCGCUAUUAG